CCACGUACAUAGAGAGUGAUCAAGCCAAAAAGAUUGAUUGAUGAAUGGCGAACCCAAGAGAGUCAGCAGCAACGGUCCUUCGCAGAAUCAUAUCCACACCAGGCUGCCAUCAAGGCCCCGCUUGUUUCGACGCACUCAGCGCCAAACUCAUUGAAUCCGCCGGUUUCUCUUACUGCAUUACAAGCGGAUUCUCAAUCUCAGCCACUCGCUUAGGUCUUCCUGAUGCUGGUUUCAUUUCUUACGGUGAAAUCCUCGAUCAAGGCCGUCUUGUUACUCAAGCUGUCAAUAUUCCUGUUAUUGGUGAUGCUGAUAAUGGUUAUGGUAAUUCCAUGAAUGUUAAGAGGACUGUUAAGGGUUUUAUUCAUGCUGGUUUUGCUGGUAUCCUUCUUGAAGAUCAGAUGUCACCAAAAGCAUGUGGGCUCACACGCGGGCGGAAAGUGGUGUCGAGAGAGGAGGCGGUUAUGAGAAUUAAAGCGGCAGUUGAUGCUAGAAGUGAGAGUGGAUCUGAUAUUGUGAUUGUGGCUCGCAGCGAUGCACGCCAAGGCGUGUCUCUUGAAGAGGCACUGGUGAGGACAAAGCUUUUUGCAGAUGCUGGAGCUGAUGUUUGUUUUAUAGAUGCACUUGGUUCUGUUGAAGAGAUGAAAGCUUUUUGUCAAGUUGCUCCUCGUGUUCCUAAACUGGCGAAUAUGCUUGAACGAGGUGGAAAAACACCAAUACUUAAUCCUCAAGAACUUGAUCAAGUUGGUUAUAAACUCGCUGUUUAUCCACUUUCUUUGAUGGGGGUUUCUAUACGUGCAAUGCAGGCAAAAUGGUACUAUUAUAUACUUCUUGGAUUGGUUGAUGUGGAAGCAAAUUUUCUUGUUGUGAAGGCAUAUCAAUACACCUCACUUACUAGUGUGAUGCUACCUGACUGCUGGUCCAUUCCAUGCGUCAUGCUUCUUACAUGGAUUUUCUUGAAAACAAAAUAUAGAUUCAAGAAGAUAACUGGGGUAAUUGUUUGCAUAGCUGGCCUUGUUCUGGUUGUAUUUUCGGAUGUUCAUGCCGGUGACCGUGCAGAGGUUUCGGAGACGAGGAUUAACACCCUGCUAAUGCUGUUGAAAAACCUCUUGCAAUCAGACAGGACGAGGAAGCCAGUUCAGCAAAUCAUAGCAAAGGAAAUGUGGCUGGGAGCUCAAAAACCUGGGUAGCUUAAAGAAAGUAUAAACAUAUAGAUCCGUGCAUGGGAAAACCAUGAGGAAGAGCCUCCUUAAGGAGUGGGCUGUUCUAAAUUAUUAUUCAAUGCUCCUCGGGGAGUGCAAUGCCGGAAGCACUCGUUUUGCUUAUACCAUACUCAACCUUUCUCUGCUAACUCCCAGUUUUUGUCCCAAGAUUCAGAAACUGAUAUUCUGGCUGACAUUCUUCCUCCUGCACCAAUACCUGAGAUGACAUCACAGCAGAACAGUUCAGCUCCUACUUUUGACCAACUUUCACCUUCCUUUUCAAAUUCAUCUGGACCAUUUUCCGAACCAACUGGUCAACUUACUCCUCGUCAAGGUUUCUCAUGUGCAACCAAUCAACCUGCACAAACCCUUCCAAGUGGUCAAUUUUCCCAGCCAGGCUUUUCAGCGUCUAAUCCAUCUUUUUUUCAGCCUUUACCAGUCCAUAUGCACAACAACCCUUUCCUUCUCAUUCUGGUCAACCUGUCAUGCCUGGGUUUUCGUCAUCUACUGGCCAUUCUAUGCAGCCACCUUUUUCUUCUCAAGGUGGUCAAUCUACUGCACAAACAAGUGAUCAUACCUACGAUGGAUUGUACUCCUUGGAUACAUCUCAAUCACAAAAUGGAUAUAACGGAUCUAUGAACAGUGGGAACUACUUGCCACAGGGACCCUGAACAUGCUUUCCUUCGAAAAUGACUUCCCAAGCUCCAACAGCACAACCAGCACAAAUCACAAACUUUCCCCAUCAUGGAGGAUCUACUGCUGCUCCCUCUCCAACUGAUCGAGUAUCACAGUUCAACAACCAGAGCUUCUUUGGAUAACUAGGGAAUGCAGCUCCCUUUAGCUCAUCAUAUACCCAUCAAGUGCCUGCUCCCAAUGCUUCAACGUAUGCUGUUUCAGCGACACCGCAUUCUUUAGUUUCUCAACCAUCCAAAGAUAAGUUGAAACAAAAAUCAACAGUUUGGGCCGACACAUUAAGCAGGGGACUGGUUAAUUUAAACAUAUCUGGACCUAAAACUAAUCAGUUAGCAGAUAUUGGCAUUGACUUUGAAUCCAUUAAUAGGAAGGAAAAGAGAAUGGAGAAGCCCACUAACACACCUGUAACAUCAACUGUAAAUAAUUGGCGUGUUCUUGAUGCUAGUUCGCAUGAGCCAUGGGGUCCUCAUGGAACACUGCUUGCAGACAUUGCUCAGGUAGAAACCCUCAUGAAUACCAGAUGAUCAUGUCAGUCAGUAGUCUGGAAACAAAUUAACGACACUGGCAAGAAUUGGCGGUAUAUUUACAAGGCUUUGACAGUACUUGAGUACUUGGUGGCUCAUGGUUCUGAGAGAGUCAUAGAUGAGAUCAGAGAACAUUAUUAUCAAAUAUCGACUUUGUCCGACUUUCAAUAUAUUGAUUCCAGUGGAAGAGAUCAAGGAAACAAUGUCAG